AUGGGCCACAUUCAAAUAGCUAUAGUCCAUAUUCAUUACACAACAUCAUCGAAGUUUUCAUCUGCAAAUGAUAACGACGACACCUUUAGUUUCAAUAAAAGGGCAAACAUUACAUUUAACUAUAAUCCACGUGCAGCCAAAUCAAUAUUGGGACCUCGAAUUGCUCCAAUUUUGAAUGCCAUUACUACUAUUCAUUUGAUACGUGAUGUCAGUCAACCGAACGACAAUAUCAUGCAAAAUGAAAAUUUGAACUUCCCGGUUGAGACUGGAUUCAAACAUUUACAACGUUUACAGCAUUGGAUACAAGAUCGUUUCCAAAAAGUUGUGAAUGAAUUAAGUUCUGGGAAUCUGAAUAAAGAAAUAACUGAUGAGAUUCUUAAAGUUGGGGUUGUAAAAUUGGAAAUACGACCAAUUAUGAAGGAAAAAGUCAUCGAGAAUGGAAAUGAGCUAGUAGAAUCAAAUGCGAAAAGACACAUCCGAACCCGAAAUGGCAAAAACCCAGGUCAUGAUAUUGACUACAAAGCAAAUACAUUUCCAUCAACGAAUAACGAUGCAUAUUUGGAAAAAAUUUAUGCUAUUAUGCGAAUAUUUGUUAGCGGAAUUCCGUGGAUAAGAGAAAAUACCAUGCUGGUUGAUGCCAAAGAACCCCAUGAAACCAAAAUUGGUGUUACUUGUGGUGGUGGUGAAUGGAGUGAUGGGGUUUUUGAAAAUGUUGUUGCAGAGAUAUUCGAUGAUCAGUUUGAGCAAUAA